GGUUCUCAUUUCGGACAAAGAAUUUCGGUGGGAAUGAGUGCGAGUAGUCUGGUAGCUGAAGCUGUGUGGAAGCAGAUCGAGUCGACCCGAUUAGGGUUUUUCUUUCGCUUCAUUUGUUUUCGGAUUUUCUCCUUCAAUAACUCAUGAUUUUCUCCUUUUUUGGUUCUCAAUCUUUGCUGAAAUAAGUCGAACUGAUUUUCGCAGUGACUGACGAUCAGCUUUCAAUCUUGCAUUUCUUGUUUGGCAAGAACUUCGAGCGAGCUACUCGAAUUGUUGAUCAAAGAGGGGUGAAGAAAAUUUCAGGCGACCCAAGCACGCGGUCUAUCUUUCAGUGACCGAUGAUCAGCUUUCAGUCUUGCAUUUCUUGUUUGGCAAUAACUUCGAGCGGGCUACUCGAAUUGUUGAUCAAAGAGGGGUGAAGAAAAUUUCAGGCGACCCAAGCACACGGUCUAUUUUUCAGGAUAUGGCUGAACGACAACCACUCGACCAACAACAUCCACUUGAUCCACAAUUGCAAUCAUCACAGUCUCCAAGAGAAGAUAUGAUUGCAUAUGUGAUGGCCUUGGAAGCUGCUCUGCUUCCAUGCUUGCCUGCAAGAGAACUACAAGCAAUAGACCGUUCUCCUCACCCUUCUCAUCAAGUUGACGUGGAGAGACAUGCUAGGGAUUUCAUGGAGGCAGCUAAAAAGCUUCAAUUGUAUUUCAUUGGUUUACAACGCGAGGAUCAACCAAACAAAGUGGAAACACUAAGAAAGGAGAUAUCUGCCAUUGAAGAGGAAUUAAAGUUAAAGAAUGAGAUAAUCAAGAAGCAGGAGAGGCUCAUUGAAGGGUGGAAGAAGGAUUUGAAAGAUCAGUUAGACAAACAUAACAAUGAGUUAGAGAAGGUUUAAUAGAAUAGGCUUGCGAUCUCAUGUUCUAUUCUUUAGUUAUUUGUAGAUCUUGUUAAUUACAUACUUUCACAAUUAAUUUAUGGUGGGGCCAUUGUUUGCUUAUAUUUUUAAUGAUCAUUCUCUCCUUUGUCUGUUGGAUCUCUUACGAUUGGAUCCCAAUGAUAUUUGAACCGGUUCCUUUCUAGUGAAA